AUGGUUUCUUCUGUCAUUUCUCUCCCAUUUGUCAUACCAAAUCCUUCAACCCGAAAAUACUCAUCACUUGGUUCGGCUAGUGCUAGACACUUCCCUGAUUAUUCCCCCAAAAAGCCCACCAUCAAAGAUUCUGAACUUGUUUACAGCAUCUCCACCACCAUUAAGCAACGCCACUUUGAACCCAUAGAACGAAUUCUGAAACCAUUCGAAUCAAGGCUUAGGUCUGAUCACUUUAUUUGGGUUUUGAUGGGCAUAAAGAAUGAGUACACGUUAGUGUUGACUUUCUUUGACUGGUUCUGCUUACAUAGAGCUCCAUCUCUUGAGGUGAGAUGCAUUAUCAUUCAAAUUUCUGUUGCUGCAAAAGACCCAAAAGUUGCUUAUGAACUUAUUCAUGACUUUUGGACUAAACCCAAUGUAGAUGCUACUCUUCCGUUUACCCUUUUCAUGGAAAAGUUGAUAUACACUUACAAAGAUUGGGGCUCUAAUCCCCAUGUAUUUGAUAUAUUCUUUGAAGUCCUUGUUGAAGUUGGAAUACCUGAUGGAGCCAAAAAACUAUUCCACAAAAUGGUAAACUAUGGAGUGGUGAUAUCUGUCAAUUCAUGCAAUCUACUUCUCUCACAUCUAUCACAGAAUAUCGAUACAUGUAACACAACACCACAAAUUUUUACUGAAUUUUUACAAGUGGGUGUUAAAUGGAACACUGUGUCACAUAACAUAAUGAUUCACUGCCUUUGUCGAAUGAAAAAAGUCAAAGAAGCUCAUAACUUACUCAUCCAAAUGGAGAUGCGAGGCUAUUUCUCUGAUGCUAUUAGUUAUAGCACUAUCAUAAAUGGGUAUUGUCAGAUUGGAGUGUAUAAUGUAGUUUUAAAACUUAUGGAAGAAAUGCAAAUAAAAGGAUUGAAACCAAACAAGUUUACUUUCAACAGUGUGAUUUUUCUUUUGUGUAAGAUAGGCAAAGUGUUGGAUGCAGAAAAGAUUCUCAGGGAGAUGACAUGGCAAAAUAUAGUUCCUGAUAAAGUAGUGUAUACAACACUAAUUGAUGGUUUUUGCAAAACUGGGAAUGUCACUGCUGCAUAUAGGCUGUUUGAUGAAAUGCAUAGCAGGAACAUUUUACCUGAUUACAUAACAUAUACUGCUCUUAUAUCUGGUAUUUGUCAAAUGGGGAAUAUAUCAGAAGCAUGUAAUCUCUUUCUUGAAAUGCGUAAUAGAGAAAUGGUUGUUGAUGAAUUUACAUAUUCAGUCCUUAUUGAUGGGUACUGCAAGAAUGGUCAAAUAAAGGAGGCGUUUUCACUUCAUAAUGAUAUGGUUGAAAUGGGUUUAACUCCAAAUGUUGUAACUUAUACUUCAUUGGUUGAUGGUUUAUGCAAACAAGGGGAAAUCGAUACAGCAAAUGAACUUCUUAAAGAAAUGUGUUCAAAGGGUCUUGAAUUGAAUAUACACACAUACAAUUCACUUGUUAAUGGCCUCUGUAAAUUUGGUCACAUUACAAAAGCGAUAAAGUUAAUGGAAGAUAUGAAAGUGGAAGAGGUGUAUCCUGAUGCAUAUACAUACACAACAUUAAUGGAUGCUUAUUGUAAGGCAGGAGACAUGGUUAAAGCUCAUGAGCUUCUUCGUGAAAUGCUGGAAAAAGGGAUUCAGCCAACUGUUGUUACCUUUAAUGUUUUAAUGAAUGGGUUUUGCAUGUAUGGGAUGUUAGAAGAUGGAGAGAAGCUACUGACAUGGAUGUUGGAAAAGGGUAAAAACGGUAUUAUGCCAAAUGCCACCACAUACAAUUUGCUUAUGAAACAGUAUUGCAUCCGGAAUGAUAUGCAUGCAACAAGUGAAAUCUACAAGGGUAUGUUGGGAAAAGGAGUUUCCCCAAAUACAAACACAUAUGAUGUUUUAAUAAGAGGACAUUGUAAAGCAAGGAAUAUGAAGGAGGCAUGGUUUUUGUAUAAAGAAAUGGUGGAGAAGGGAUAUGAUCUCACAGUAAAUGGUUAUAAUGCUCUCAUCAAAGGGUUCAUUAAAAGGAAAAAAUAUUUAGAGGCAAAAAGUAUGUUUGAUGAAAUGAGGAAAAAAGGGUUAGUUGCAAAUAGAGAAGUAUACAAUUUCUUUAUGGAUAUGAAUUAUCAUGAAGGAAACCUGGAUUUAACUCUUGAGCUGUGUGAUGAAGCCAUAGAAAAAGGUAUUGUUGAUAAGACUGAUGUUUGA